AUGCCAAAGAUGCUGGGUCCUGGACCCUUCCCAAGACGGCCGUCAGGCUUUCUACGUUAUGCUGUUCUGGCUGUCGUAUUCUUGACAGCCCUUUGGAUGUUCCACCACAGCACUGAUGACCUGGUCCGAGUUGAUACACCUAUGACCCAUCCAGUUGGAGGGUCCAAGGAAACUACUCCCCAUAGCGACACCACCAACAAGGACAAGCCCGUCGAUUCGAAUCCCGUGAAGCCCCCUCCAGUAGUUGGCGGCGGCAGCGAGAAUUCUGAUUCUGCAAAGACCUCAGUUGGCGACUCUCCCAAGUCGCCACCGCCCGCCAAGCAGGACGAUUCCAAGCGACCCGGAGGUGGUGUGCCGGUCAAAGACUCCGAGGGUCGUCACCCGAUUGACAAGCUCAUUUACGAUGCGCAGCGCCAGUUUGCGGCAAUGUCCUCUGGAGAAUCGAAAACCUUGGAGGAAGCCGCACAGGCCUAUCGCAAGGCUCGUGGGAGACACCCCCCCCCUCACUUUGACAAAUGGUUCGAGUACGCCCAGGCGAAUAAUGCCAUGAUUGUCGAGGGAUUCUUUGACCAGGUUUAUGAGGAUCUCGAACCAUUCUGGGGCAUCGACCCAGCGCCGAUGCGUCGCGAGGCAAGCCAGUUUGAAAUGACCAUCAAUGUUCGCAAUGGUACUGCCAUUGCACACAGCGAUUGGCCGUGGACUAAGAUCUGGCUCAACAUGACCAAGACGAUUGAGCAUUUGCUUCCUGAUAUGGAUAUUGCCUUGAAUGCCAUGGAUGAGCCUCGGUUGGUUGUUCCAUGGGAGGACAUCAACGGAUACAUGAAGAACGCCUCGCAUACACGAAAGCUACCAAAGGCGAAGAAGAUGGUGAACAAGUUCCGUUCCUGGCCACAACCAAAGACUGGAUUCUUGGCUGGUGACAUUGAGGACAAGAAUUGGGAAUCAGAUGAGUUCUACUGGAAAAUUGUUCGCCGUGGCUGCCCUCCCACGAGCCUGGCGAGAACUACGGAACUUCAAACAUCGUUUGAAGAACCACCCGCUAUUACCAAUACCUACGCCGAACCUCACCUGUACAAGGGCUACGUUUCUAACUAUACCAAGUCGGUCCAAGUAUGCCAUCAGCCUGAUUUGCAGGGCCUUGAAGGCAUUCUCAUCCGACCGCUAUCAACAAAGUCGACCAAGGUCAUGUUUCCCAUGUUUGGCGGCUCCAAGUUGACUGUCAACAACGAAAUCCUCAUGCCAGCGCCCAUGUACUACGCCGAAGAAGAGCGCUUUCUUGGUAGCGGUGACCACGGCGUCGAAUGGUCACAGAAGGAGAAGAAGAUUAUCUGGCGCGGUGUUGCUACCGGUGGCAGGAAUAAGGAGACCAACUGGCGCGGCUUCCAACGCCAUCGAUUCGUCGCCAUGAACAAUGGCACCAAGAUUGCACGCGUCGAGUCCGGCGAGGACAGAGCCGAGAACUUUGUUCUUCCCGCAAAGGAAUACGGCGUACAGGCACAAACAGACAAGAAACUAGGACCUUGGGUUGACGAAUUCGCUGAUGUCGGCUUCAUCGACCUGAUGUGCCACACCCCUCAUUCGGGAAAUCACUGCAACUAUACGGACUUUUACUACCAUCCUAUUAAAGGCAUUAAGCUGAGCACACAGUUCAACAACAAAUACUUACCAGACAUUGACGGCAACUCCUUCUCCGGUCGAUAUCUUGGAUUUCUGCGAUCGACGUCCCUCCCAAUCAAGUCGACCAUCUUCCGUGAGUGGCACGACUCUCGUUUGGUUCCAUGGAAACACUUUGUGCCCAUGGACAACCGAUUUGGCGACUACUACGGAAUUAUGGAAUACUUCCGCGGUUAUGAAGGUCGCAACGCCCACGACAAGACCGCCGAAAAGAUUGCCAUGGAAGGCAAAGAGUGGGCAGAGCGAGUUCUUCGCAAGGAGGACAUGCAAAUAUACAUUCUGCGCCUGCUGCUUGAGUACGCUCGUGUCAUGGACGAUGACCGCGAGACCAUGGGCUGGGUGGACGAUGUGGUGAAGAACCCGUCACUUGAAAAAUCAUGGUCAUGGUGGUGGUGA